AUGACGCCAAUGGGUAAGCGCCUGGCAGUGCGCACAACUGUGUGUGUAUUGGCUGUGCUUGUAAUAUUUUUCGUCUGCACUGCAGAUGCCUCUUCCAACGAGAAGACAUCACCGGCGGAGCGCCUCAACAAUUACCGGAAGCGCGUCUCCCGUGAGUUCAUCAAGACCAAGGCGCAGCUGGAGGGUGCCAUCACGCUUCCGUCCGGCCUCGUCAUUGAGCAGCUGGUGCACGGCACCGGCACGCACGCUGCCGCCUUGGACGACGAGUGCAAGCUGCACUACGUCGGCAGUCUCCGUGAUGGCACUGUAUUUGACAGCUCGCGCGCGCGCGGCGCGCCGGCCACGUUCCGGCCGAACCAGGUCAUCAGCGGUUGGACGGAGGCGCUGCAGCUGAUGCGCGAGGGCGACCACUGGCGCAUUUACGUGCCGUACGAACUUGGCUACGGCGAGCGUGGAGCUGGCAGGAAUAUUCCGCCCUACGCUGCCCUGGCGUUUGACAUUGAACUGCUGAGCAUCGAGGGUGGCGGCAAGGGCCGCACGGCGGCGGAAGUUGGGGAGGUGCUGAAGAAGGCUGUAGACGACAAGGAAGACAUGUAA